CCAGCUGUUAUUUAAGGCUUGGCGCUGCGCUGAAGUGUCCGGUGUGAACCCGGCGUUUAGGCCAAAUUAUAGUCGGGUUGCACGCACGCACGCAUGCACGCAAGACACGCAACACGCCCCUUUCGUCCCCUCUGCGGGCUUGCGUGUGUCCGCCAAUUUUUCUAACUACACGACAAAGCGACGCGAGCCUCACGCAGCCCGCAAGGCUUGUGAUUGGUCUGCUUACUACAUCCCGUCCGGAGUCUAGUUUCCGGUUUCAUGCCCCACAAUACGCGGAAAUCACGGAAGAUUUAGAAGAACGAAUAUGGACCAAAUAGAAGAGCACUUGGCAGAAGAGAUCCGAAAGUAUGACCACUUGUAUAACCCGUCACUGACUGGCCGAUUUGUCCGCCAGAAAUAAGCUAUGAGGAGCCGGAGUGGCGAUGUAAAUAAACAGUCGACGAAGAAGAAGACGUCUCUUCUUUGUGUGUUUUGUCUUUGAAAAAAAACGUUACUCCGCCUAUGGUUCUGGCGGUGAAUUGCGUUGCAACACGCGCAGCACGUUAGAGAAGUAUAAACCAAAACGAGUCCGUCGAUGCAGCUGCGUGGCCUUCCGCGGUUGCAGUCGCAGGACUAUAAUUAGGCCUUUAGAAAAUAACUCACAAUGCGUUGCUUAGCAUACGUCACAUACUACGUUGCUCUGAUUGGUUGUAGGUCUAUCCAAUUGAGCGAAGAAGAAUUUUACUUCCUGGUCAGUUGAAACACGCCCCAUAAUCACAGCCCAAUGGAGCGGUCUCAGACUGAGAAGGACCAAAAAUAUUGUGGGCGGGGCUAAAUGCCGAAUUAUAGUCGGGUUGCACGCACGCACGCAAGACACGCAACACGCCCCUUUCGUGCCCUCUGCGGGCUUGCGUGCGUCCGCCAAUUUGUCUAACUACACGACAAAGCGACGCGAGCCUCACGCAGCCCGCAAGGCUUGUGAUUUGUCUGCUUACUACAUCCCGUCCGGAGUCUAGUUUCCGGUUUCAUGCCCCACAAUACGCGGAAAUCACGGAAGAUUUAGAAGAACGAAUAUGGACCAAAUAGAAGAGCACUUGGCAGAAGAGAUCCGAAAGUAUGACCACUUGUAUAACCCGUCACUGACUGGCCGAUUUGUCCGCCAGAAAUAGGCUAUGAGGAGCCGGAGUGGCGAUCUAAAUAAACAGUCGACGAAGAAGAAGACGUCUCUUCUUUGUGUGUUUUGUCUUUGAAAAAAAACGUUACUCCGCCUAGGGUUCUGGCGGUGAAUUGCGUUGCAACACUCAGCAGAUGAACACAGUUAAAAUGAUGGCAAAAUAUAUUAUGCAUUAAUGUAUUGAAACAUAAUCUAAAAUCUGCUAAAAUAACUACUGAAAUGUGCAGUUUUUUUUUGUCAAGGGUUUGUUGUAUUGUUACAAUUAUAUAUAACCCACUUUAAACAACUUUAUGUGCUGUUGUUUCUAUGCUCUCACUUCUUAACUAAAGUAUUUAAUGUAUCUAUGUUGGGUUGACCAGCCUCCUGCUUUUGAAUGUGUUGUUCAAUAAAGUUGAGAAGUUAAGAAAAAGCACUCAGCCAAUAGGAUUGCCGCGUUGCAUGUCCUCCCGUCACGUGUCAGCCGGCAGUAUGGCCGUCGACCUGUAGUCACAGGGAGCCGCUGCUGACACACGGGAGGAAAAAGUUUGGGGCAAAGAUGGCGGCGGUGUUUCUCCUGAGACAGUCUCUGAGCAGACUUCCUCCGGCCGCGGCCCGACAGCUGCUCCGCCGUCACUACCACACCGAGAGAGGGGUCUACGGGUACCGACCCAAACACACCGAGCACGAGCUGCAUGAGCUGCAUGGCGCGGCGCUCAACCAAGAUCAUGGUGUCGCUCGGCUGGUGGAGGCUUACAGAGCACAUGGACACAAGGCUGCUAAAAUCAACCCCCUACUGCCGGUUUCUGAAAGUGUCCCAGAGAUCAAUGUGCUGAGGGGCAGCAUGACAGGACCACUCAACACCUCCGGUCUGAGGCACUUUGGAAAGGCAGAGGCUUCACUGGAGGAGCUUCAGGCCUAUUUAGAGGAAGCCUACUGCGGCCACCUGUCAGUGGAGACCAGCCAGCUGAGCACCCUGGAGGAGAGGGAGUGGUUCGCUGACCGCUUCGAGGAGCUCAAGAGGAAAAGUUUCUCCACGGAGGAGAGGAGGCAGCUGGCCCAGAUCAUGCUGGAGUCUCAGGAAUUAGACCACUUCCUGGCCACCAAGUUUGCUACUGUGAAACGUUACGGAGGAGAGGGAGCAGAGAGCAUGAUGGGUUUUUUCUACGAGCUGUUCCACCAGUCAGCCCACAGUGGAGUCACGGACAUUGUCAUCGGUAUGCCCCACAGAGGCCGACUGAACCUCCUGACUGGGUUGCUGAAGUUCCCACCUGAGCUCAUGUUCCGUAAGAUGCGUGGCCUCAGCGAGUUCCCUGACAGCUCGCCGGCCAUUGGCGACGUGCUCUCCCACCUCACCUCCUCGGUGAAGUUGGAUUUCGGAGCUGGACACCCUCUUCACGUGACAAUGCUGCCCAACCCCUCUCACCUCGAGGCCAUCAACCCGGUGGCUCAGGGCAAAACCCGAGCCAGGCAGCAGCUCAGGAAAGAGGGCGACUACUCCCCUGAAGACAGCGCCCAGCCAGGGGACCAGGUCAUCUGUCUGCAGGUCCACGGUGACGGCUCUGUCGCUGGUCAAGGGAUCGUUACAGAAACCUUGACCCUCUCAAACCUGCCUCACUACAGGGUGGGUGGGAGCAUCCACCUCAUAGUGAACAACCAAGUGGGUUUCACCACUCCAUCAGAGAGAGGGAGAUCAUCUAUGUACUGUAGUGAUGUCGGGAAGAUGGUGAACUCCGCUGUGAUCCAUGUAAACGGAGAUGAUGCUGAGGAGGUUCUGCGAGCCACCCGGCUGGCUCUGGAGUACCAGCGGCGUUACAGGAAAGAUGUGAUCCUGGACCUGAUCUGCUACCGACAGUGGGGCCACAACGAGCUGGACGAGCCGUUCUUCACCAACCCAGCCAUAUACAAGAUCAUCCGCUCCCGCAAGAGCAUCCCCGACUCCUACUCAGACAAACUGAUCUCCGAAGGUCUGAUGACCGAAGCCGAGCGCGACCAGAUCAAAUCAAAGCACUACGGCAUGCUGAACGACAAGCUGGCCAGCACGACCCUCUACAGCCCCCCGCCCACCAACCUGCAGGGCCGCUGGGGAGAUCUGGUCGAGCCCCAGGAGAGAGUCACCACCUGGGACACAGGCGUCCCCGUUCCUCUGCUGCAGUUUGUUGGAGCAAAGUCAGUGACCAUCUCCGAGCCAAUCCAGCUGCACAGUCACCUGGGAAAGACCCACGCACAAGCACGGUUACACAAGUUGGAAGAGGGCACCAAACUGGACUGGUCCACAGCGGAGGCCCUGGCGUUUGGAUCGCUCCUCAGUCAGGGUUUUAACAUUCGAAUCAGUGGGCAGGAUGUUGGAAGAGGCACGUUCAGUCAGCGUCAUGCCAUGGUGGUGUGUCAGGAGACCAAUGACAUGUACAUCCCUCUCAACCACAUCAGUCCUCAGCAGACUGCCUUCCUGGAGGUGUGUAACAGCCCUCUGUCUGAGGAGGCUGUGCUCGGGUUUGAAUAUGGUAUGAGCAUCGCGCAACCAAAGCUUCUUCCCAUCUGGGAGGCUCAGUUUGGAGACUUCUUCAACGGAGCACAGAUCAUCUUUGACACCUUCAUCCUUUCAGGUGAAGCGAAAUGGUUGCUGCAGUGUGGGAUGGUGAUCCUGCUGCCUCACGGCUACGAUGGGGCCGGACCAGAACACUCGUCCUGCCAUAUGGAGCGCUUCCUCCAGUUGUGUGACAGUAAAAUGGAGGGUGUGGACAGCGACACCGUGAACAUGGCCGUGGUCAACCCCACCACUCCCGCUCAGUACUUCCACCUGCUGAGGCGACAGAUGAUCCGGAACUUCCGCAAACCUCUCAUUGUCGUCGGACCCAAGACACUGCUGAGAUUUUCUGGGGCCGUGUCCAGUCUGACCGAACUGGCACCGGGAACAUCUUUCAGACCAGUGAUCGGUGACACUUCAGCCUCUGCACAAAGUGUCCAGCGGGUGGUGCUGUGCUCAGGGAAGCAUUACUACGCCCUGCUGAAACAGAGGGAGGCAUCAGCAGCCAACCAGAACACAGCCCUGGUCCGUGUGGAGGAGCUGUGUCCGUUCCCACUGGGGGCUCUGCAGCAGGAGCUCAACAAGUACCCCAACGCCAAAGAGUUUGUUUGGAGUCAGGAGGAGCCUGAGAACAUGGGCCCCUGGUCUUUUGUGGCUCCCAGGUUUGAGAAUCAGCUGGCCUGCAAGCUCCGGUUAGUGAGCCGGCCCGCUCUCCCUACACCUGCUGUCGGCAUCGGGACGCUGCAUCACCAGCAGCAGGAGGCCAUCCUCACCGCUACCUUCUCCUAAGACUGGGAGCUAGAACAACCAGUACACAAGCUCCAGUACCACACUACACCACACUUCUGCUGUGGUUUUUCAGCUUUCAUCACUAAAUGCACGAAGCUGCUGCACUGCAGAUACAUCAGACUGUUAGAAAAUGUGAACGGCUGUGAAACUAAUUGGUCAAUAAUUUAAGGAACAAAUCAAAGUGUUAGAGAGAUGACGUUUUUGGAUUGUUCUAUUUGUACACGCAGUCAAACUACAUUUUUAAUUGUUACGCUUUUGUGGUUUGAAGGGAAGGCCUAUUUUCUGUUUACUUAUUUUCCCCUUUCUCUCAUUUAACUUGACAGUUUCUUUUAUUGGUCCAAACUGUAAGACUCUAUGGUAAGAGGAAACACACCUGCUAACUAAGUUUGUAUCUGGAUCAAGGCCUUGUAGUAAAAACACAUUUAGCCGACCAUGGAGUUUGUAGCACUGGGGAUUGUUGGAUCCUGCCUGUGUCAAACCUGUAAGGGAGCCACACCUCAGGAAUCGAAACCAUUGAAUUGUGUCAUGCAUAUUAGGUUGAGUUGUUACUUUAUUUUACUGUUGUGAACAGAAAGAUAUCAGGGUAACUUGGUAGACAUCUCAGAGCAUUACCCUUAAACUAUUUAUAUAAGAAUGGCAGUAUUUUAACUGGAUUAAAUACUUCAGGAGAUGACAUUUUUCUCAAAAUAACAAGAAGAUUUGUUACCCCUGUGGUUGUUAAAUGUUUAUUCUAUCAGGAAUUAACAUGUGUACAUUUGAUGGUACAAAUUUAGGCCAAGAGGUACUUGAUUAUUUAAAUUAUUUAAUCACAGUUGAAAGUGGGACUUGAGUUCAAAGUAUUGGCAUUAAAGGGCUAAUGUAAAUAUACUAAAUCAGAAUGAUCAAAUGGAAAUAUUUUUCAAUAAAUCUAUUUUCAUGUUCA